UAUAGUAACUCCACACCUUGAAACCACCCCAAAAUAGCUCACUAAACUAAAGGGUUUGCCUAUGUUAAUAGCCUUAUUAUUACCAUAACUACCACUACUACAUUUGUAGUAGGGGGCGCUACAAGUACAAUGCAAGCAGCAUGUGUUUUCUCGGUUACAAAAACUGUUGUCAAGCGUUACUAAGGAAGUGGAAAGUUUGCUUAGCGUUCGGAGCUAACCAGCUAAGCUAAAGAUAGCUAGCUAGCUACCUCAAUAACGAUGUAUUCUCACAACCCUGCAAUGGACGAAACGUGAUUUUGCUCUCCCCCAGAUGAUCUCCUUCUAAGCAAAUGGAGUCCCCAUGCACCUAGAAGGUGCAGCCUGCUAUGAGGAUGACUGAGAAUGGGGAGGACAGCAGCCCCUCUCAGCCCGUUGGUGGAGUGUUACCUGGUGGAGUUCCUGGUGGGAAGGAUCCAGGAGGAGUAAGUGGUGACAAUAGGCCGGUGAACCCCACUACAGAGGACAACAAAACCACAAAGCUCCUCAACAACACCAUGAAAUUCCCUCAGGAUGUACGAGACCAAAGCAGCAAGACCAGUCCCUACCAGCCCCGACCACCCCUGCUGCCAAAGCCCCCUGCACUGUCAAAGGGAGGGAACAGUGAUUCGGUGGAGGAGAAGGUGAGAAGCAUGAGACUGAAGAACAGCCAGGAGAGUCUGACCGACCCAGCUGAGACCGGUUCCUCCACAGAAUCUCUUAAGGAGGACUCAACAGUUACAGGUGUGUUCACCUUGAGCGGUGCUGCCACCUUGAGGAACGGACAGGGCUCUGUCGUUGGACCCCAAUCGGCUCCAUCAGGGUCCCCCGUCUUCAGAGCCAGGGGCCAGAGCCUUUCAGAGUAUGAGCGGGGGCCCCACGACCACCACAGUGACCCUGCAGAGCAGCGAGUGAGGUCCUCCAAGGUACGCCUCUCUCCCUUACAGCCCUCGGGUCCAUUUCCUGCUCUGGAGCAGAGCUUGGCUUCCGCAUCCUUAAGGACGGCUAAUCGGAUUGACAGGGAUUGCGUGGAUUAUGGCAUUGUGCCGGGGAGAGCUGGGCCGGAGAGGCUGCAACUGCACAGGAACCUGAGCGACAGCCGGCUUCUGGAUAACAUGGUGUCGGACAACAUCUCUGUCAACUCCAUGAAGUCCACCUUCAGCGUGUUGAACCCCAUCAGACCCAGGGAUGUCAGGAACAGGAGUUUUCUGGAGGGCAGUGUGAUGGGUAGUGGUGCCCUGCUGGGGGCUGAGGAGCUGGACCGCUACUUCCCAGAGAGGAGAGUUGGCAUCUACAUAGCCACAUGGAACAUGCAGGGAGAAAAGGGACUUCCAAACAACCUAGACGAUCUGUUGCUCCCGACGGACUCUGAAUUUGCUCAAGACUUUUACAUCAUCGGAGUCCAGGAGGGAUGUCCAGACCGGAGGGAAUGGGAGAUCCGUCUUCAAGAGACUCUGGGGCCGUACUACGUCAUGCUCUACGCAGCCUCCCACGGGGUUCUCUACCUCACUGUGUUUGUCAGGAGGGACCUCAUUUGGUUCUGCUCAGUGGAGCAUGCCACGGUCACAACACGCAUCAUGUCUCAGAUCAAAACCAAAGGAGCUGUGGGGAUCGGCUUCACCUUCUUUGGCACUUCCUUCCUCUUCAUCACCUCCCAUUUUACCUCUGGAGAUUCCAAAGUGUACGAGAGGAUUCUGGACUACAACAAAAUCAUUGAAGCACUUGCUCUUCCUAAUGGUCUUCCAGACACCAACCCUUACCGCUCCACAUCCUCGGAUGUGACAACACGGUUUGAUGAGGUUUUCUGGUUUGGGGACUUUAACUUCCGUCUGAGUAAAGAUCGUGUGGGGGUAGAGGCCAUUCUAAACCAGAACCCGGGUGUGGACAUGGGGCCUCUGCUCCACCAUGACCAACUCUCCAAGGAAAUGAAGGAUGGUUCCAUCUUUAAAGGCUUCCAGGAAGCACCAAUUCAGUUCUUCCCCACCUACAAAUAUGAUGUCGGCUGUGACAUGUACGACACCACCUCCAAGCAGAGAACUCCCUCAUACACAGACAGAAUACUGUUCAGGAACAGGCAGGUGGAUGACAUCAAAGUGAUAAAGUACACCAGCUGUUCAACGAUAAAGACGUCAGACCACCGGCCUGUCAUCGCCAUGUUCCAGGUCAAACUGCGUCCCGGGAGAGACAAUAUUCCUCUGGGAGCAGGCCAGUUUGACAGGAGUCUGUACCUGGAGGGCAUCAGGAGGAGGAUCACCAGAGAGCUGAAGAAGAGAGAAGCCAUGAAGAACCAGGGCAGCAGCACCAUCUGCUCAAUCUCCUGAACCUGGACCGGACUUGACUGGACCAGAUUCCCUCCAGAAUCACUCUAACACAGUCAUGAGGGACAAAAGGGAACCAGUCUUUUGUUGCCACUUCCAGCCCAGUCGGUGUGUGGGUCAUGGAAGUCACGGAAACUGAUCUGUGAGCACCCCCUACUGAGAGCUGUUGGAACUGUCACUCAUGGUUUAUGGGGGGCUGAUGUUGUAGCUGUGGGGCUGUUCUUGAGGGCAGGGACCUUGAAUUAAUGACAGAUACCAGCCUGCAGACUCAGCAGUUAACUGGUCUAUUUAUACAGCCCUUCCACAAACAAGACUGAGCUGAGGAACGUGCCAUUGAAGAUGACCUUUUAGUCAGUCAGUCACAUCUCCAUCUGUGCGCUGGAUGGCUGAAGCGAAUGCUUUAUGUAAACUGUACUU